AUGCAGGGAAUGGUAGCUACGCCCGGUUAUCUGGGUGUCCACUCAGGGGGACAUUACACCGUUGGUGGAGAUCCUGAUGGAAGCUUCCCAGCUAAAUUUAUCACCAAUCCAGGACAGGACUUCUUUACCUCCCUCGGCGAUCCAGCAUUCUUCCUCCACCAUGCCGCUAUUGAUCGGCUUUUCUGGACUUGGCAGAACCAGGACCCGGCUAAGCGCACAUACCAGGUUAUCGGACCUACUGGGUUCUUGACUCCAGAUGGCGCAUCUAUUAAUGCUACUUUGGAUGACAUCGUGGAUAUGGGGGGCUUUCUAGCGCCGCCGAAGACUCUCAGGCAACUUUCGGGUACUAUGGGGGGGCCGUUCUGUUAUGUUUACACCUAG